UUCGACAACUUGACACCGCCUCAGAGCCUCAGCUUACUGAAGCUAGCUGCUUACAGCUGAGGCAUAACACGCAGAUAGCAGCUGGGUGAGGAGUUGAAGGGACCGGGCGGAGAGGAGGACAGUCGCGAAGAUAGCUCCUCCACUGGCGGAGGUCAUCUUUUAAGAAAACUGGGACCUGCUGAUGAGGCGGGAAGGAACACGUAAAUAUGCCACAGGAGGGAGACUGCAGGGAAGUAACGAAUAACGGGUUGACACUGACUGCCUGCUACCUGUCCUGAAAGAGGACCUACGCUCACUUUACUGGGAAAAAAGCAAGAGAAGUUUCAGUCACUUUGUUUCAAAACGUAAAUAAUCCUUUAUCUUUCGUGGAAUGAGUCUUAAAGUGUGAUUAAAGGGACCAUUUAUCAACAAGAUAAAUUUGUAAGGUACAAAAUAAUUCCUUCUUGUAGAGUCGACCACCUAUGGGAGGCCAGCUCUGAGUCCCUUGUGCUAAGAUAACACUUAACUUUGGCAAAGAAUCAAGGCCAUGCGUGACGCUUUGCUGGUUACCUGUUCUUCCGUAAAGACUUCAUCAUCUCCCUCGAUGUCAUGGCGGCUCUGGAGGUAUUUUCUGGCUUACCUGUACCUGGCACAGCUGUUCCUAAAGCAGUCCUCUUGCCGUUCCUUGGAAUGGCACACAGCGUUUGUGAGCACCACCUAUCUGGACCCUGAGUCUAAUGUGACCGUCAGUGAACAUACAGAGAGCGGCCGCUAUGGGGACAGCUCCCCCAAAGACACGGUGCAAGGCUACGUGGGUAUCCCUCGCACCAUCAAGGACAUGGAGGGCUGUGACGCCAGCGCAGACUAUUACGUCCCUUCGCUUGGCGGUGCUGACCUACCGGAGUCCUGGAUUGCCCUAGUGGCCCGAGGGAGUUGUACCUUCAAGGACAAGGUGCUGAACGCUGCCCGAAAAAACGCGGUGGCCGUGGUGAUCUACAAUGAAGCGCGUCUGGGAAACGCCACCGUACCGAUGUCUCACAUUGGGACUGGCAGCACAGUUGUGGUUAUGGUUGGAUAUCCUAAAGGGAUUGAAAUUUUAGAGGUUGUACGACGAGGGAUUCCAGUAAAGAUGUCAAUUUCUGUUGGAACGAGACAUGUACAGGAGUUUCUCAGUGGACAAUCAGUGGUUUUUGUAACCAUUGCUUUUAUUGCAAUGAUGAUCAUUUCACUAGCUUGGCUAAUUUUCUACUAUAUACAAAGAUAUCUGUAUGCUGGCUCACAGUUUGGAAAUCAGAACAACAGAAAGGAAACCAAGAAAGCUAUCAGCCAGCUCCUACUGCACACUGUUAAGAGAGGAGACAAGGAAAUAGAUGUCGACUUGGAAAACUGUGCUGUAUGUAUUGAAACCUAUAAGCCUAAAGAUGUUGUCAGAAUUCUUCCUUGCAAGCAUGUGUUCCAUCGGACAUGCAUUGAUCCAUGGUUGCUGGACCAUCGAACCUGCCCAAUGUGUAAACUGGACGUUAUAAAAGCUCUUGGCUUUCUGGUGGACACCGAAGAGGUUCUUGAAGUGGCCAUCCCAGAUUCCUUGCAAGACAGCGUGACCAUUGGCAGCGUUAGCGCAUCCCUGCAAGAAGAUGCAGACAACGAGGCUAGUACCAGCAGCACGCCAUCCCAGCAGGAGGCACGACUGGAAAGGGAGCCCAUGGAAGAGGCAGAGGAGUCAGUAGCUUUACUUGAUGAGAAUCAGAGAUGUGAGAUGAAACGUGACAAGGGUCUGCCAACAGUGGACAACACAGGCUGCUGCUGAGUACUGGUGACACAUGAGGGCCUGAUUGUGUUGUGUCCCAGUUUACUUGUAACUUAAAAGACAUUGUGGUCUGGUGUCAAGAUACUCCAAAUAAUAUAUAAAAAUAUAUUUUAUGUAAUGCCACCUUUCAAAGAAAUAUUCUAUUUCAAAAUGCUGAGAUUAGAAUAGUUUUGAGCAGAAUUAAGUUUACCUGCAGUAAAGUAAACCAAGAAUGUCA